AUGUCAGUGGGAGCCGGGAAGGAGGGAGUGCGGAGGGCAGUUGGGCUCGGAGGCGGCACAGGCUGCCAGGCUGCUGAGGAAGACCCCCUUCCUGACUGUGACUGCGGAGCUUGUGCUCCGGGACAAGGCAGGUGCUGGAGGCUGCCGCAGCCUGCGUGGGUGGCCAGGACCUCAACUGGAGGGAGCAGGCGACUGGCAACCAGCACCGACUGGAUGGACCUGGAAGCCUCCCUGCUGCCCACUGGCCCCAAUGCCAGCAACACCUCUGAUGGCCCGGCUAACCUCACCUCAGCAGGGCUGCCUCCUCGCACCAGGAGUGUCUCCUACAUCAACAUCAUCAUGCCUUCGGUGUUCGGCAUCAUCUGCCUCCUGGGCAUCGUUGGGAACUCCACGGUCAUCUUCGCUGUUGUGAAGAAGUCCAAGCUGCACUGGUGCAGCAACGUCCCCGACAUCUUUAUCAUCAACCUGUCAGUGGCGGACCUCCUUUUCCUUCUGGGCAUGCCCUUCAUGAUCCACCAGCUCAUGGGCAAUGGUGUCUGGCACUUUGGGGAGACCAUGUGCACCCUCAUUACAGCCAUGGACGCCAACAGUCAGUUCACCAGCACCUACAUCCUCACUGCCAUGGCCAUUGACCGCUACAUGGCCACAGUCCACCCCAUCUCCUCCACCAAGUUCCGGAAGCCAUCUGUGGCCACCCUGGUGAUCUGCCUCCUGUGGGCCCUCUCCUUCAUCAGCAUCACUCCUGUGUGGCUCUAUGCCAGGCUCAUCCCCUUUCCGGGGGGCACGGUGGGCUGUGGCAUCCGCCUGCCCAACCCAGACACUGACCUCUACUGGUUCACCUUGUACCAGUUUUUCCUGGCCUUUGCCCUGCCCUUUGUGGUCAUCACGGCCGCAUAUGUGAGGAUCCUACAGCGCAUGACAUCCUCCGUGGCCCCUGCCUCCCAACGCAGCAUCCGGCUGCGGACAAAGAGGGUGACCCGCACGGCUAUCGCUAUCUGCCUGGUCUUCUUUGUGUGCUGGGCGCCCUACUAUGUGCUACAGCUGACCCAGCUGUCCAUCAGCCGCCCAACCCUCACCUUCGUCUAUCUGUACAAUGCGGCCAUCAGCUUGGGCUAUGCCAACAGCUGCCUCAACCCCUUUGUGUACAUCGUGCUCUGUGAGACGUUCCGCAAACGCCUGGUCCUGUCAGUGAAGCCUGCAGCCCAGGGGCAGCUCUGCGCCGUCAGCAACGCUAACACGGCUGAGGAGGAGAGGACAGAAAGCAAAGGCACCUGACAAUUCCCCUGCCACCUUGGACACCUCAAAGUCAGGACACCGCAGAAAACCACAGGGAGAAAUGCUGAGAAAAACCCAAGACUGCUCUGAGGGAAUGCAGGGAGGCUGGGUGGUGACGGGUUGCUGCAACCAAGUAAAUACCUUCCAUGGGACCCACAAAUUGCUGGGGAGGAUUUGGGCCAGAUGUGGGGGCUUCAGACAUUAGAAAUCCCCUUGGGGGGCAGGACAAGGCCUUUAGUGGGAACAGAAACUGAGUAAGAACAAAAUUUUGGC